GCCGAAUUGGCCGCAAAUCGUAGCUCUAACCAGGAGUUAACUCCAGGUAUGCGUGCAGCCAUUUGCACGCUUGUGGCUGCGGGCCAAAGUGAGCGCUCUGUCGCGACCCUGUUCGGCGUGUCUCGCCAUGCCGUCACCAACUCCAUUGAGCUCUGGAAAACUCAACGAACCUUUGAUUCUAAAGCUCGUUCAGGUCGUCCCGAGGCUCUCACGCGUGCUGAGAAGCGCUAUAUAAUUUUGCUGGUAAAAAAGAACCGCGAUUUGGCGAAAAAAGCUCUCGUCAACACCAUAGGGAAGAAAAUCUCGCCCUCUACUAUA